AUGAACGAGUUCUGGGUAGACCCUGCUUUACGGGCUCAGUCAGAGGAUCCUGAGCCCGAUUCUGAUUAUGUCAUGGCAGGUACUUCUCAGGCAUCUCAUGGUUAUGACAGACGAAAUAACGAGGGUGCCAAUUUCGAUCCUCAUGAAAUUUUUAGUGAUAUCUCUGAUAACGAGGAAGAGGAGAAUGACGGGUGGGAUGAACUGAAUUCCGAGUCUGAGGAUGAAUUCGUCAAUCGAGAUAAUUCCAAAAAACGUGGCAGAGGACGAGGUGGGUACAGAGAGCCUGAAUUGAGUCCUGAAGUUACGAAAUUGCUUGCUGAAGCGUCUUUGGCAUAUUCAAAUCAAGACACUGAUACUGCUAUUCAACUGAUUGAAGAAGCAAUUACUCUAGACCCGUCGGCUCGUAGGGCAUAUAUUUUACUUGCUGCGAUAUAUGAAGAUACCGGUGACUGGCAUAAAGUGCUAGCAGCAAAGAUCACUGCUGUUCAUUUGAACAAAAAGAAUUAUGACGAGUGGAUAGAGUGUGCUCAAUUGAGUGAGGAUCUGGGUAAUCCUGCUCAGGCCGUUGAGUUCUACGGUCAAGCUCUACGAGUGAAUCCUCAGAAAGUAGAUGUUCAGCUGAAAAGAGUCGAGCUUUUACGCCAAAUUGGCAAUUAUACUCGAGCACUUAAAGCAGCAUUGAAUAUCCGACAGAAUUUAUUCUAUUUGAUAGAUGAUGUGUCACAAAAGUCUAAUUUGAUCAUGGAUCUGGCUAUUUCUUUGAAAUCGUUAGGAAGAGCUCGUGAAGCAAUUGAGAUUUAUGAAGAUAUUCUUGCUCAGAAUAUCCGUUAUGAUGAUAUCAAACGAAAGAGGGAGCUAGAAGGUGAAGAGGAGCCAGAGUCGGAUUCUGAUUUGGAUUCUGAUGAUCUUUCCGAUGGCGAUGAUGAAACUAAUGGUAGAAGGCGGCGGCGGCGGCCAAGAAGAGACAAGUAUGAACCAGAAAUCCCCUUUUUGUUUAACGAGUUAAACAAUCUAGCUGAAUUAUAUUACUAUGAGAAAGACUUUUCGAAGGUCCUGACGACGGUAAGAGACGUAGCUCGGUUCUUGAAUGGACGAAAGGAAGAAACCUGGUGGAAAGAAGUCAAGACAGAUGCCGAGUUUGAUGAACGAAGGAAGAAACUUGCCAAGUUCAAAUUGUCUCCUUAUGCAAAUGACGACUCCAAGUUCGAGCUUCCUAUCGAUAUCAGAUACUGGCUAGUAUUAAGCCGUCUUGAGCUCGAUAAAGAUCCUUCAGAAGCUCUUAAUCAUGUCAAGAUUCUUCAAACAUUCCCGCCUCUCCAUUACUCAGAUCUGUAUCUAUCCAUCGGAGAAGCCCUAUACACACAUGGCCAUUAUGCCCCGGCGCUGGAGCUUUUCGAAGCACUAGAAGGAUACGAUGAGUUCAGAGAUGUCAACCUGGAAAUCUUCAUUGCCAAAUGUUUAUUCCAACAAAAGCAUUUUGACGAUGCUGAAAGACGGUAUAUUGAGGUGAUCCAAGUGCAACCCGACAAUAUUGAAGCACUAGUAGCACUGGCCGAACUGUACGGUGCAAGUAAUCGUAUUAGUGAAGCUAGGGAUUUGAUUGCCAAAGUGAAUACCUUGCGGUCGACAGAAGACCAGCAGGUUGCCACUACUGACCAGCACGCUCAACCUGAAGUAGUGAUUGAAGGGGGUGAAGAGAACCGAUAUUCGACACCUGAUUUCAUUAAUCGAGACCCUGCUGGACUCAGAAAACCAAGUAAAUACAGACGACUUACUCAUAUCGAGAGAGUGCAACGAGAACGAGAUGCUGAAAACCUGACUGAAGACAGGUUCAGACAACUCAAACGAUAUGAUCAAGGCCGGUUCCAGGGAAACCCCGCUGCUAUUUCCGAAUGGCUACGGAACGCCACUGGUCUUAUAUACUCGUUCAAGUCAUACAGAAGAUUCUUCUAUUCAGAGAAAAGUAAGAUGUUCUCUUCGUUUGAGAAAAAGUAUAACACCGGAACCAUUGAAGAGCGAAUUGAGCAUCUAUCAAAUAGAAUCACCGAACAGGAACUGGACGAGGAUGAAGACGAUGAUGUGAGCGAGCAAGCCAUCAGAGAUCCAGCCAAGUUCAGAAACAUCACUUUUGAAGACUGGUUUGAUAUUUUUAUGGAGACAGCGCUGCUCAAGGCGAGAUACGAGAGUCCUGCUGCUGCGUUUGAGGUGAUAGAAAUCGCCCGUAAUGCUACUGUGUUCCAUCUCGACCCGACAAGAGUGAUUAAAAUCAACCUUGUCGACCUUACAUGUGCAUACAUCACCAAAGAGUUUGGUAGUGCCAACGACAGCAUGCGUUUAUUUAUGAAUUCACACCAGAUUUACAACGAUAUCUACCGAUUAUACGGAGCUAUAUUCUGUUCAGGAAAUGCUGCUACUGAGAUGUUCCGCGACGUCAAGAACCAGAAAUUCUUUCUUCGACAAGUAAAAGCAGUCGACUCUCUUGUCCAGAAGAAAGAUAUAGCAGGAGCAUCUAAAAUCUACGACAAAUCGCUAGUACUCACUCAAGAGAGUCCUGUACUACUUCUACUCUACGGACAUAUCAUGCUGUUGGGAAAAAGUUACGUUUCGUGUCUGAUCUAUCUGCUACGAGUAUACGCCCUCAAGCCCAAAGACACUCUCCUCCUGCUGACCAUGGGCCUUGUCCACGUUCACCGUGCUCUCCAGAGACAAACGACAAACCGCCAUCUCCAAAUCGUACAGGGUUUAAGCUAUCUGCUCGAAUACUACGACGAACGAGGCAAAAAAGGUAUUCACGAGCAGCAGGAAGCCGACUAUAACAUGGGCCGCAUCUUCCACCUCCUCGGACUCAACUCGUUCGCGGUCGAGUAUUACAACCGCGUGCUGGCAGCACCACAACACCAACUCGACCCGGACUACGACCUCCGCUCCGAGGCUGCCUAUAAUCUGCACCUCAUUUACAUGAUCUCGGGCAAUCCCAGGCUCGCACGGGCCAUUCUGGAUAAAUAUCUUGUAAUUUGA